AUGAGCACGUAAAUUUUUUGGUCCUGGUGAUUUUGGUUUUAUUGGAGUGUUUUUGAUACAAAGUGGGAUUCUAUUUUGGUUUACUGUGUGUCAAAUAGUGUUCUGUAUUGAUAUAUACUGGAAAAAAAGAGGAAUUUCAACUUGGGUUUGUUUGAAACAUGGAAACACGAAACAAAGGAAUAUCCAAAAAAAAUUCUGACAACAGUUCACCCAAAGCCAAGCAAACCGAACAUUCAGCAGAGCGUGACCAGGGUCCGUUAUGUGACAAACUAAAAACCAUAUCGGACCAGGCCGAGUGUAAUUAUACCGAAAUUACAACCUUGCGCUCCGAAAAUGCUCAACUUAAGCGUGAACUUGAUCUCCUGCGGUCGGUUGUGAUUAGAAUGGACAGAAAACUGUCACACAUCGAUGAUGACAUAACUGAUCUUCGCUCGAGAUCGAUGAAAGACAAUAUAUUGAUUCACAACUAUCCUUAUACCCAACAAGAGGACUUGGCCACAGCGAUACCCAAUGAUAUAAAGCAAUCACUGGGUGUCGAUGUUGAGUUUGUCCGCAUCCACAGGAACGGGGUCCGCCCACAGUUCAAUGACAAACCGGUCACAAUAACCGCUAAGUUGAAGGAUCGCAAUAAAAAGGAUGAGAUUCUCAACGCGCAGAGGCUAAAAAAAAUUGCAAAACAGCGUUUACCCUUCUUCAUCACUCCCCAACAGCCCGCACCCCUUACCUCCGCUAGAAAUAAACUUUUUGAUAAAGCGGAUUCAUUUCGCAAGCAGAACAUUAACGUUAAAGUUCAAAGAAACGAGAUAACAAUGCCAAACGGUACGAAAUACGAGGAAGAGGUACCCCUUAUUUCCAGUGCGGAUGCCUUGCAAAUUUCCUCUGAGGAAUAUCAGUCCUUGGACGACGUUGUGGUUGUCUCCACGGAACCGGUGCAGAAAGACGGGUCUGAAUUUAUGGCGGUUGGUGCUAAUAUUCAGUCCUCGGACGAGGCCCUGAAUAUCUACAAAAAAACAUCAAUAGACCCUUACGCUGCAAGUUGCGACAGCAGAAUCCUCGUAUACAGGUUUCGCGACCAAAGUGGAAAAACUAUCGAAAAUUACCACGACGAUCGGGAGCAUGGGGCAGGACGGAGAAUGCUAAGGUACCUCCAAGACAAUCGGAUCAACGACGUUGCAAUUGUUUUGACGCGAUGGAUGGGGCGCUCGCACAUUGGCCCAGCCCGUUUUUCCAUCAUGGAAAACUUGGUUUGUGACCUUGUUAACAAACUAGAUGAUCCAAGUGACGCCGGAAAAUAACUGAAUUUUCCUCAUUCACACUAUAAACUAUUAAGGACAAUGUCCGAAUUACUUGUCUUUAUAAUUACGUAUUUUGAAAAAAAAAAACUGUAUAUGUAUUUUCAAACACAUGAAAAGAUCCCAUUAAUUAAUUCAAAUGCCGACUUUUCAUUCUGAUUAUGCCUAUAAUUUAAUUCCGGAAAUAUUUAUGUCUACCAUUGUUUACUCUAAUUUUAGUAACGUGUCGGCAUAUCCAAUGUAAACAUUCAACCCCUCAACCAAAUUCACCGUACAUCAGCACGUGCCUUUAACUUUAAACCCAGCAAUCGAGCACUCCUUUUCUUUCCCCCUUCUGUAUGUUUCCUUUCUCAAUCAUGUAUCAACCUCAGACUAGUAUAAUUAUUGGACAAGAGCAUUUUUUGACCGUGUUGUUGUAUUUCCAGCGAAUCGUACAAGGUAAGCAAACUUUUUCUGUAACAUGUCUUUGGUAAAAAUUAUAUCUGCUAACUGUCAGGGUCUGCACGAAUUUAAGAAAAGAAAAGAUGUCUUUCAAUAUUAUCGACAAACCCAAUGCAAUAUUUUAUGUUUACAAGACACUCAUUUCACUUGUGAUAUGGAAGAUAGUAUUCAAAACGAAUGGGGCAAUGAAGUUUAUUUUAAUUCUUUUACCUCAAAGUCCAGAGGAGUAGCAAUUUUUUUCAAUAACAAUUUUGAAUAUAAAGUACAUAAGAAUUUUACAAAUGAUUCUGGAAAUUUUGUGGUACUAGACCUCAGCAUUCAAAGCCAUCGUUUAAGUUUGAUCACAGUGUAUGGUCCAAAUGAGGACACGCCCCUUUUUUAUGAAGAACUCUUUGAAAUUGUAAGUGAAAUAGGAAAUAAAGACAUAAUAGUUGUUGGCGAUUUUAAUCUUAUUAUGGAUCCCGAUUUGGAUUAUUACAAUUAUCUUCAUCUUAACAAUCCUAAAGCAAGAGAUAAAGUAAUAGAAAAAAUAAAUCAAUUCAAUCUUAUUGAUAUUUUUAGAGAAACUCACCCUGAUAAGAAAAGGUACACAUGGCGUAAACCAACCCCUCUUAAACAAGCAAGACUAGAUUUCUUUUUAAUAUCAAACACCCUACUGUGUAUGUCACAAGAAAGUGAAAUCAUAGCAAGUUAUAAGUCAGAUCAUUCACCAGUACUCCUUAGUCUAAAAUUCAAUGAAUUUACACAUGGAAAAGGUUUAUGGAAGUUCAAUAAUGCACUUUUAUAUGAUAAGGAAUUCCUAGAUGUUGUUAAUAAAAAAAUACAAGAAAUAAAACAAAAUUAUGCAGUACCCGUAUAUAACAAUGCAUCUAUUGACAAAAUUCCAAAUGAUGAAAUUCAAUUCACUGUCAAUGACCAGCUCUUUCUUGAAACACUAUUAAUGGAAAUCAGGGGCAAAUGUAUAUCAUAUUCUAGCUAUGCCAAAAAGAAAAAUAACGAAAAGGAGAAAUUUUUAAUAAACCAAAUAAAACAGUUGGAGGAAAAGUAUGAAGAAAACAUUCAAACAAUUAAUUUUAAAAAGAAAGAAUUAGAAAAUAUCAGAAAUCACAAACUUAUGGGAAGUCUAGUAAGAUCAAGAGCUAAAUGGACCUGUGAAGGAGAGAAACCAACAAGUUACUUUCUUAAUCUUGAGAAUAGAAAUUUUGUAAAUAAAAUUGUCCCAAAAUUAAUAAAAGAAGAUUGUUCCGAAGAAAUCAAUGGACAAAAGGAAAUCCUGUUAGAGAUAGAAAAUUAUUAUAGAAAUCUAUAUCAAAACAAGGGUGAAUUUCAAGACUAUGAUUUAAAUGAGAUUCUAGAAUCAGACUCUGAAAUUUUUAAAUUAAGCGAUACUCAAAGAAAUACCCUUGAAGGUGAAAUAACUUAUAAUGAAGCCUCUCAUGUAUUGAAAAAAAUGUCGAAUAAUAAGAGUCCUGGAAGU